UUUUAUUAUCGCUUUCAACAGUUUUUAUGAAAAAAUUUGUUAGGCUAACGAAUAUCUAUGAUUCAAAUUCGCUUUUAACAAAAAUAUUCUACAAAAACAUUUUUGAUACCAAAAUUUGUCGUAAAGCUACGUUAUCGAGUUCCAGAAUACCGCUGCCGAGCAAUUUAGGACAAAAGUAUUUUAUUGACCAUACCUCUAUCAUAUUAAACUAAAUAUUGAUAAGAAAUUGAUAUGCAUGUAUUCUUGAAGAUUACAUAUUAAUAUCACAGAAUAGAUUAUAGAAAUAGAAUUUAAAUUUGUUGGUAAUGGUUUGUUUAAUAAUUUAAUAAUUGAAGUAUUUUUAAAUGUAAGAAAAUUUAUUAUAUUAAAAUCAUAAGAAUUUAAAAUAAAGAUGGUGCGAUUUAAAAACAGGUAAUUUAAAAAUCAAUCAUUUAUUCUUACAUAACAAUGUAGCUAGAUAAAAACUCAACUAUUUAAAAAUAUAUAAAUAUAAAACUAGAUUUAUAUAUUAAUUUAUUAUUAAUAUUAUCAUUAUUACUAUUAUAUUUUUAUAGGCAUUGUACUAUUACAACGAGAAAAUAAAACUUUUUAACUUAAUACAUUAUACAAAAUGUAUAUAGGUAUUUGACUUUAUUAUUAGUAAGCAUAUAUUUAAUUAAUUUUGCUUUUAAUCAUAAAUUAAGGAUGGACAUAUUGAUUUAAAUUAAAGAUUUAUAAAUUAUUUAUUAAUAACUUAAAACCACAUAUUUUAAAUUUUGUAUUUUGACAUUUUAACAUUUUUUGGUUGAAACAGCAUUUCAAUAAUUGCAUCUGGCUUUUCAUAAUACAUACAUAUUAAUUUAAAUAUUUAGGUAGAAGUGUAGUAAAUGCAAUGAGUUGUAUACAUAUUAUAUUAUAGCAAGCCAUUUUUAAUUUAACAUAUUGGUGUUCUACAAAGAUAUAGCUAUUGCAAUAUCUCCAGAGAUUAAUAAAUUAUAGAUUAUGAAUUUUUAUAUUUCAAUAUCAACUUUUUAUUUUCCUUAAGUUUAAGAUUUUUUUAAAUAAUAUAAAUUCUGGGACAAAAAGUAAAAGUACACAGUCAUUAAUUAACUAUAAUAAUAAAAAUCUUUUAGCAAAUGUGAUUACAGUCUGCUAAAUAAUUAAAUAGACUUUUUUCUGAACUUUAAAAGAUUAUUAAAAAUCUAUAAUAACCUCUAUAAAUGAAAAUUAUUUUUUGUUUUCUUACCAAAACAUACAAACUUAAUUCAAAUAUAAAUAUUUGUAAUCCUUAUCUCUAAAAGUAAUAUUAAAAAAAGAGAAAUUGAUUAUCUUUAUUAUCUCGGGAGAUAUUAAAAUGGAUAUAUCUUCAUGGAACACUGUUAAUAUACAUUAAUACACAAUACAGUGGAUUCCGCUUAAUGUGGGCAAACAGGUCUGGUCCCAAUACAAAUGUAUAUUAACAAGGUUAAAUAAGACCGCGUAAUAUGGGCACUUGAUUCAGUUUAUAUGGGCAAUUUUAUUUUAUAAUAGCGUUAGAAAAUACACAUAUUGUAUUUAAAAACGACUAAAUUUAAUCGGGUUUCAUCGUAUCUAUGAGAUUGUGUUUAUCGAAAGUAAUAAAAAUCAUUUAUACCAUUUAAACCUUGAUGGGAUUUUGAUGUGUGUAAAUGUUAUUAGAUGCGAUAAAAAUAAAACGAUAUACGGCACGCAUUCUGUAACGCGUUAAUACCUAACAAUACAGUUUUAGUGUUAAGUCAGUUUUAACGUGAAUUUCAACGUGACAGUAUGUCAAGAAAAUAUGUCUUCCUUACGGAAAAAAUUGCGAUUUUGGACAAGGUGAAAUGCUACCUCCAGGCACUUAACAACAUAAAAUUGCUGAACAAUUAUGCAUUCCGAAAUCAACUGGUUUUCAUUAAUAACAAGUCGCGGUGUUCGCGUGUCUGGGCUAUUGUUGAAAUAUUAAGCCGAAGAAUUAUCCCAGAAAAUAGGUAACAAUCAGUUUAUUGCUACUGAUGGUUGGUUAAGCAGGUGGAAGAAUAGAUACGAGAUAAAAUUCAAACGUGUGCAUGGGGAAAAAGCAAGUGCUGAUGAAUCCGCCUCUAAUGCUCCUUGUUUUGAUAAUAUUAAAACAUUUGUGAUGUUGUUGUACAAAAUGUUCUUAAAAAAAGGAAGUUGGAAGAUGAAGAAGAAGACAAAGGAGAUGAAGAAGAUACCGAACCACCAGUUACAGCCAGAGAGGCUAAAAAGUGCAUUGAUUUGUUGCAGAAGUUCUUCAUUCAACAGGGUAACGAAAAUAGUCUGUCUGAUAAGCUUGAAGAGUGUGCCCAUUUUGUCAACCAAAUCCAUACUAAACAGCUUAGAAAACGAACAAUUAAAAUGUUUUGUAUACCUUCCACAUCCAAAGAGUAAUUUUAUUUAAUACAAAUGUUAUACAUAUUUAAUUUUAUUUACAUACAUAGUAAUUUUUUUUUUUCAAUUGUAAAAAUAAAAACUUUUUGAUAUUAUAAAUUGUUGUGUUUUUGAACUAAUUUCAGUUUAUAUGGGCAGCCGCUUAAUGUGAGUAAACAGGGUUGGUCCCAACAUGCCCACAUUAAGCGGAAUCCACUGUAAUUAUUAUUUUAAACAAUGUUAUCAUUUUGUUUGUUUUAAUCUGAUUUAAAUUAUUUCAUUUUUAGAUACAUGGUUGUUCAAUUAAGUAAUUUUGAAGAUAAUGACUUAGAUUUCAAAAUUUCUGAUAAAGAAUUAAAUUUAACUGUAUUAAAUAUGAUAAAAACAUUAUUUGGAGAUUUUGGAGUUGGAGCUAUCAGAACUUGUUUUAAAGGUACAAAUUUAAUAAUUUAGAUACAAAUAUAUUAUAUAAUUAAUAAUUACAGCAUUUUGAAAUGUUUUUAAAGUUAAUUUAUAAAAGUUAUAAUUUUUACGAAAAGAGAGUUAAAUAUAUAUUAAACUUUAUUUAAUAUCCCUAUUGCUAUCAUUGUAUUUCAUAUAAAGAUAUUAAAUGUUUGAUCUGUUUCCAGAUCCUGGAUGACAGAAUCCAAUUUAUAUUGUGCAAUUUGUGUUCAAAUUAAUUUUAAAAAUAAUAUUAAACAGUAAAUUUAGAGGUUGUUUAAACCUAAAAACUGUCACCUCUUUGUAAACCUCUGGGUAUGAGUAAAAGUCUAAAAAAAAUAAUAAUAUUUUGACCUAUGGAUAUUUUGGAUUGGAAAUUUUAUCCACAAAUAUCGUGCUAAAUUGUCUCCUGGAAUAUUUUGACCGACUGCCAAAUAAAUAAUUUAUUUAAUACUUGCUUGCAAUAUUAAUUUACAAUAGUUUUUUUCUAUGUCUACAAAUAACUUUUCCAUUAUAAACUUUUUGAAAAACAAGAAUGUUUACUAAUUAAUAGUUAUUUUCGAUUUUGUUAUAAUUGAAUUAAAACUUAUUAUAGAAGCUUGUCAUUUUCAUAAAAUACUCAUAUUUGGAAUUUUUAGAAAUGUUAAACGUUAUUCUGGCCAUAUUUGUGGUACAGUAGAAGCCGCUAAUUAGGAACACUAAUUUGGGACCUAGGUGAAACGUGUCAAUUAAAUUAACUGAUUGUUUUUAAUAUAUGAUUGGUCUGUCCCUAUACAUUUUGUUUCAAUAACAUGAUUUUAGUAUCAAUUAUCUGUGUUCCUAAUAAGGGGUUUCUACUGUAUUUAUAAAUUGUUACAGCUAUUCUUUGUUUGAUUUUAUGUAGAUAAUUUUUUUAGUUUCUUUAAAAUGUUCAAAUAUUUAAUGAAUGAUUUGUGAUUAAUUGUUUUAAUAACUUUUAUAAUACUUUUAAACACUGUUGUGCGCAUAUUGAGUUUCUUCAUUCAGAAAAUAUAUUGUUUUUAACUGCCCUUUUUGCUAAAGUGAAUAUACUCAAAAUAUGGAGAGGAAAUGGAUGUUCUUUAUUAAACUUAAAAGUUUAAUGAAUAGGUAUAAGAUACAAUACAAGAGAAUCCACUAAAUCAUAAGAGUUUCUAUAAGAAUGUUUAUACCAUUACUGCCAGGGUCGUUCAAUUGCGAUCAGGCUGUGCCUUUUGACCAAAAGGGUUGUGUCAGUACAUUCCGUCAUACCCGAUUCGCGCUGACCUACAGAUUCUACAUAUAUAAAAGAAAACAUAUUUAUAUUAUCCACAAUCUAACACAUAUAUAUCAUUAUUCAAGGGUUCUUAACAAUACUAUAUUUAAAAAAAAAUUUAUUGACUCAUCAAAAUUUUGAGACAAAAAAACACCUGUUUUUAAAUUUAUUUUAUCACCUCAGGGGAGCUUAUAGUUUUAGUGAAUCCAGGUCCUGAGAUUGUAUUAGUUGAAAGUAGAGGUUAAUUGGUAACAACUGAACGAAUCAGUUGAGCGACCAAAUGAUAUUCAGAAAUUAUUCGAGGUCUUUUACGAUUUCAAAUAAAACUAUUGCAUGAAUUAGCAUCACUCACUUAAACCAAAUUAUAAAAUAUUGAAGGAAAGAGGUUAAGAGGAAGAUUGAAAAAGAGGUGGUUAGAUGUGAUUAAAAACGAUAUAAGAACAGCUGGUGUAUGUGAGAAGAAAACUCAGAUCAAGUAGAAGUUUAGAAUGACCUCAAAUUAUUGGGAUGAAUGUAAAGGAGGAGAAUAAGAAAUUUAGUAUUUUAUAAUUUUUUUAAUGCAUCAUCACAAAUUUACAACAAUUAUAUAAAAUAGUUUCUCUUUUACUCUUUUUAUAGAUUGUGUUUUAUAUUUGUGUCCUUAUUUUUAAACUAACUAAAUAGAUAUUAUAGGUAUACCAUGAUACCAAGUGUAUUUUUAAUUUAUAUUAUAUUUAAAAAUAAAAAUAUAUUUUUCAGUUCAUUAUUGUAAUCCAAGUACAAAAAUUAUAAUUUUUAAAACUCGACAUGGUCCUCAUAAAUUUCUUUCUUCUAUAAUACCAUUUGUAAAUGAAUUGCAAGGAAAACCAAUUCGACUGUCAACACUUUAUAUUGGUGCAUCAUUGUUUCAGUGUUAUAAAUUUAUUCAGGUAUUUUUUUAUAAUAAAACUAAAAUGAAUAUAUAUUUCUUACAUUCACCAGUCACAUUUUUUAGCUUCUCUAUUUUUUAACUAUAUUAUUGUCAAAAUCUAGUACUUGAGUUACAAGACUGCUAUAUUGUUAUGAAAUAACUAAGUAAAACAAGUACAAAUGUAAUUUAUGUAUUUAUUUUUUUUUCAGAACUAUCAAAAAGGUCUUGUAAGAAAGUUACAUAAAACAUUAACUAUACAAACUAAAGAAAAAAUAUUAAAUGUUACUGGUGUGUUGAAAUUCAAUAAAUUUCAAGUUUAUUCAUGAUAGAUACACUUAAAUUGUCAAUAUCUAAAAUUAAAAUGUUAACAAUAUUUAUAUUAAUCUACAAUGUAAAACAUACUCAUCAAUAAUUAAUUUCUGUUCUAAUUAAUAAUUUCAUGAUAUAAUUUAAAAUUUAAUGAUACACUUUUAAUGCAUGACAUUGAAUUGUAAAAGUGAAGAACACCUAAAUGAUUAUAUAUUUUCAUGAAUAAGUGAAUUUAAAUACUUCGCUACACAUU